CCCGGAUCCUCUAUUUUUGUCAGCCUUACCCCUCCACACACACUCGUCAUGGUUUACUUCUCAUUUCUCAUAUAAAAGAAGUUAUACCCCCCAGUUCCACUAUAAGAACUUAUUUAUACUCUCGCUUUGCUCGCGAUUUCAACAUUAGCAGAUGUUUCUAGGCCGCACUUAUUUUCUAUCGGCUUUCUUCGCAGUCACAGCCGUGGCGCUUGCCAUAUUAUUUAGAAGCUUUUGGGCUGUUGCUCCUGCCGUUGGAGGCCGCGCAUCCGUGAAACAGUUUGGAUCAGCAUUGAAGACUCGCAAUAUGUCUACCACUACAAGGACUCCAGUAUAUUUUGUGAGCCAUGGGGGCCCAAACAUCAAGUACGACACCACUCACCCGGCUUACGCCCGGCUCACCACCCUCGGCCGCGAAAUAACUACCACCAUAAAAUUCAAAGCCAUCCUAGUCCUCUCCGCCCACUGGGAAGGCACCGCCACCACCCUCUCCAUCAACUCCGCCCCAUCGACCCCCCUAAUCUACGACUUCGGCGGUUUCCCCUCCCACUACUACCGCGCCAAAUACCCCCACACCGGCUCCCCCCAGCUCGCCCAAUCCGCCCUCCGUCUCCUCGCCGACGCAGGCAUCUCCGCCAAGCCCGCCACAAGAGGCCUCGACCACGGCGUCUGGGUCCCAUUCUCCAUCCUCUUCCACCCAGAAACCAACCCCGUCUCCGUCCCCAUCGUCCAACUCUCCCUCUUCGACUCCGACUCUGGAGACGCACACUACGCGCUUGGCGAAGCCCUAGCGCCCCUCCGCGACGAGGGUGUGCUGAUCAUCGUCUCCGGCCAAGCCGUCCACAACCUCCCCGACUUCUUCGCGAGCCGUGGCUCCCUGAAGCCGCGCGACUACGCGCUGACGUUCGAUGAGGCGCUAAAGCAAGCCGUGGAGUCGGAACCUGCGGAGAGGAAGGCAAAGAUGGGGGAGUUGCUGAAGAGGCCAGAUGCGAGGAAGGCGCAUCCGACUUUUGAGCAUUUGUUGCCGGUGUUUGUGGGGGCGGGGGCGGCAAAGGAGGAUAGAGGGGUUAGGUUGUGGACGCUGUGUGAGGGGAGUGUUAGUUGGGGGAUGUUUAGGUUUGGGGAUUUGCCGGCGGAAAGCGCGGGAGAGAAGGAGGUGGAGGAGAAGGCUACGUGAAUGUGAGGAUGGCCAAAAUGUAGCAUUAUAAUAAGAAUGAUGGCAUCUACGAGCCCGUUCUAACGUAUUAUUCCGAGGUAUACAAACUACUUCAUAGGCUUAACUGUACGCCAUCCUCUGCAGGCUCGUCGCAGUGGACAGUUCGAUCGAAGUCAACCAUAGGUGGUGUACUAGCUAGGUGUUAAAUUAAACCAACCUCGAGGCUGAAUAUCUACAUAUUAACUUUGGUAUAAUCGUGGGGGUCUGUGUGGGGUUUCCAGUGAGGCUGUUCGCUCUUACUCAGCCCCGCUCCAAUCCUUCCACAGCCACACAAGCUUUCUUGGCAUUCCCCGAUCUUCUACUUUAUUGUCGCU